CCUUAGUGUAAUUUAUUCACGGAUAGCUGCUAGUCGAGUUGGGUAAACUACCUACUCCCCAUCAGCACUCGGUACAAGAUAAUCAACCUUUGCUUGACAUACUUGAAAGUAAGGUUUUCAUAUAAUCUUCCGGGGUCAUAAAAUACCGUUUUUCUUUUGUCAGUGCUAAUAGUCAAGAGUGAUUUUUCUUUUUCAAUUGAAAAGUAGAAGCCGAUUCAACACACUAGGCGAAUAUUUGAUGGCCACGAGUCAUUAUUGUUGGCCAAGUCGCAUCUGAUACCACAGGAAACAUUAUGAAAACGCGUUAUUCCACUCCGAAGACUUACUAAGGUUGAAAAAUAACGCGUUGGUCAACAACUGACCUGACUUGAUCGAUCAAAAGACGCCGUUCCAUUUUAUCUAAUUCUAAUCUGUCAAGAACCGGUUUGAAAUCUUGCGCAUUUGGUUGUUAUGACAUAUGACAUCACUACAGUUAGCUGUAAAUUGUCUUCGACUUACUUGAACCAUGCCGGAUACCAUAACGUUCCUCCUAGCAUAUUAAACAGCUGUGGACUGGUUCAGUUCUUCACUCUAAAGGUCUUCAUAGACGUGAUGAAUCUUGUCUGAUGAAGACGGCAAAACGUGUAUGUGUUGAACAUUACAAAUCCAAAAAUCAAGUACUGGGGAAUUAAGUUAGCGAUUAUUACAAUCAACCAUGAUGAAUGUUGCUGGCAAUGGAAGCGUUUUUGAAACCCGUGUGAUCUAUAGCGAAAUUGAAUCUGCCUUCCAAGCUACUUCUCUCAUCAUCAUAAUGGGUGUAGCAAUAUUAACUAACAUAUUUAACAUAACAGUCGUUUAUCUAAACUAUUCUAUGCAGACUCCAAGAUACAUGUUUAUUAUUAACUUGGCUGGUGGUGAUCUUGGGGUCGCAUUGCUAUCAAUGCCUUUCUGCCUGGUGACGAGUAUUGCUCGAGAUUGGGUGUUCGGCUCCGCUUUUUGCCAGCUCCAUGGAUUUCUGGGAUCACUGUUCUUCUGUGUAUCAAUAUUUACCUUGACGAUUAUGAGUAUUGAGCAGUAUCAUGCGUUGGUGAAGCCGCUAUCAAGAGCUAUCAACAUACGUCGCGCUUGGUACAUGAUUGCACUUGUAUGGUCUCUGAGUGUUCUUGUGUCUAUCCAGCCAAUAUUCGGAUGGGGACACUUUUCGUUCAACUCCAGCACCUUAGCCUGUGGCGUGAGCUUCCCGAAGCGCGUCACCGAGCGUCUCUAUCUCCUCCUUCUAGUAUUGCUUGCAUUCGUCACUCCGUUGUUAAUUAUGGGAUAUGCUUAUAUAAGGAUUUUUAUUGCAGUACAAAAGCAUUCCAUUAGGAUCGCUCAGUACACAAAAGGAGGCCAAGAGGUAAUUCGUCUGCAACGRCGAAUAACAUUCACUCUUCUCUUAGUUCUGAUCGUAUUUUUGCUUUGUUGGAUGCCAUUUGUAAUUCUUAUAGUUCUAGCGAGCUCCAGACAAGACGUUCUCCAGCUUCCUUGGGGCCUGGGAGUCGCAGCCUACUGGUGUGGCUUCUUUAAUUCUGCAUUAAAUCCUAUCAUCUUCGUUAUCAGGAAUGAUAAAUUCAGAGAAGGAUAUAUCGAGAUAUUGUCAUGCCUGUGGGGUUGCAUUAGGUGCCGGGACAUAAUUGUAUUAAAAAAAGGACGGAGGAGGAGCUGGCAGCUGAGUCGAUCCAUGAAGCGCGCUAGGCCUAGCAUCGUGUUGGGAUCUGUCAAACGAUUUGCACCUCCUCAAGAACUCGUCAACGAAGAAGGAGAUUCUUGAUUUCUUAUCAACAACUAACAUCUAUUUAAUGGACUUUUAAAUGUCUCCUGUGAGAAAACAUAUAUUUAAAUCCCUAAUUGUCAUUGGUGAAUGAAAAUAAACACCACUAGAAGAAAA